GGCAUCGCUCAUCAGAAUAAGCUUCCAAGAUGGCGGACAACAGUUUGUCUUGGACGUCGACGCCAGAACUCAAACUUAACCUUAACGCCAUCAAGAAAUGCGACCAGUUCGUGGUAAAUAUUAUCGACACGGCGUCUCAAGUCGCUCUGUAUAAAUUCAAUUCUGAGACACAGGCUUGGGAAAAGACGGAAGUAGAAGGAGCAUUAUUUGUAUAUAGCAGAUCAAGUCACCCCAAGACAGCGUUCUUUAUAAUGAACAGACUUAACAUGAAUAACAUCAUGGAACCCAUCACAAGAAGCAUGGAGUUUAAGAUGCAGGACCCGUUCUUACUUUUUAGAAAUAAAACAAGUGGUAUUUUUGGAAUAUGGUUUUAUGCUGGCUCAGAGUGUGUCCGAUUAUCAGAUCUCCUUAUAAGACUUAGCUCAGAGGAACCCCAAGUCAGACCCCCAAGUGAACCUGAUUUGAAUAAAAAGGAGAAACCACAAGGAGAACCAAAUGGAAAAGUCGAUAUAAUGCAAAUGUUUGCAAAAGCUCAAGAAAAGUAUGAUAAAGAAAAAUCAAGUAAUAAGUCAGAAGCAAAUGCACAAGAACAGAAGCCUACUAUUGAGGAACAAAAACAACAGCAAAGUGAACAGCUCCAACAACUUCUAAGAGGGCCAGAGCCAAGCAGGAAGACACGCUCAUACUCUACACCAGUAGCACCUUCACCAAGUGUUUCCACCUCCGGCAUGUCUAUAGUAACAUACUGUCAAGAUAACGGACCAUUAGGGCUCCUUCAAGCCAUGACCAAUACCAAGCAGGCAUCAUGUACCCAGCCAGGAAGACCAGUUGAGGAACAGCCAUCAGAGAGUCCAAGAACAGGGGCUCAGAGAAAGUUAUUUGGGGGAGAUAAAACUGCAACAAGUAAUACGAUAACUGCUGCUCUCUCUACUUUGCAGACAAGUCAGGAUACUCCGCAAAAAAGCAUGGAACAGGCAGCGAAUGCUGCUUCACUGAUGUCACCCAUGGCAUUCAAAGCCCCUCCCAAGGUCUCUGCCGCACCUUCACCCAUCAAACCCUUGCCCCCAAAGCUAGAGAUCUCCCCCCUGACAGCAGACCAGAUGGCUCAAUCUAUGACUUACUUAUUGAAGAAUGAUCCAGAUUUUGUAAGAAAAUUGCAUGAAGCAUACCUGAAGAGCUUACACGAGUUACUCCCUACAUAGCUAGAUAAUGUGGAUAUAGGAGCUCUGGUCUUAUUUUACAUGCAUUUAAACUCUUACCUUGUCUGCAUUAUACCCUCUAUCAUAGAGCUUUCUGUGUUUGUCCGUUCCCUUUGCUUAUGUGGAGCAAAGAAAACUAAUGGACAGAGAAAGCUCUGUGCAGGAGAGUACAUAAACUAUAAAAAGAUGAAAAUGGGCUUGAUUAAGAAGAUACAGGUCAAUAUAUUUGUCACUGUUUAAUCAAUUUUUUUUUCAGAAAUGAGCAUUGUCUCUUAGUUUUGAACUGCCGCUGUUUAACUACUUUGAUGGUAUUUUAGUUCUCAAGUUUAGAAAGAAUUUUGACUAAUUGUACUUUUGAGCCUAGUUUGGUUUUCAUUAAAAGAAUUACUCAUU